CAUGCGACUGCGAAAAUACGAAGACAUCUGAAGCUGCACCUCAACCGGUGGUAAGCUGUCUGGUUCGUCUCCACUGAUAGGGAUCGUUCGGGAUCCACCAUGGGGAAUCGUCGGAAAUCUUAAGGCUCUCUAUAAGAUAUGAGGGAUUCCAGAGUUGCUAUCGUGAACGUCACACGCCCGGAUAUCAAUCGACAUGGUGAAGUUCUCUCAUGGCUGUUGGCAUCCUGCGCCUGACACACUCAUUGACUGGGCAGUGGAGACGGUAAAAGCCCAGGCGAGGGAGGAUUCGUUGCAUUUUGUUACAGCAUCUAAACCCAUCAACUUCAGAGGUGAUACUCUGAACAACCCAACCUUGACACAUCACGUUAGCUCUCCUAUCGACAAUGUCAUCUACCUGUCAUCAACGCACUGGAGACAGCAGAAGAGCGUAACCCAAGCGCCAAACUUCGAGUUGUUCCCCAACGGCCAAGAAAAGCAUGCAGCUCCCAUCACAACGUCCAAGGAUGACGAAAGCUUAACAUUCAGUGUUGGUGAUCUAUCGGCCACGGUCAAUACGCAGCCCAAAGCAUUCGAUCUCGUAUUCCGCCACAGGAAGAAGCAGCUUACUAAACUUGGAUGGAGAUCAAUAGGCUAUGUCAAGGAGGGCACCACGGCUUUGCAUCCCAAAGCUAAUUACACAGACCCAAACAAGGGCAAGAGAUGGGUAACGUAUCAGCUGCAGCUAGGCGUUGGAGAAAAGGUGUAUGGUUUAGGGGAGCGCUUUGGACCGUUUGCCAAGAACGGACAGACAAUCGAGAUGUGGAACGAUGAUGGUGGUACCGGUUCUGAACUCACGUACAAGAACAUUCCCUUCUUCAUCACAUCCGCUGGUUACGGCGUCUUCAUUCCCACCUCAAGCUUUGUGUCGCUCGAGAUCCAAUCCGAGCGCACAACCAGAGUUAACAUCGCCGUUCCUGGAGAAUCUCUCUCCAUAUAUCUUAUCCAUGGUUCAUCUCCGAAAGACAUACUCUCCUCUUACAGCAAGAUCACUGGUGCUCCCGCCCUCCCACCAGCAUGGACUUUCGGUCUCUGGCUGAGCACAUCCUUCACCACCAACUACGAUGAAAAUACUGUCACUUCCUUUCUCGAUGGUAUGAAGGAGCGCGACAUCCCCGUAAGCGUUUUUCACUUCGACUGUUUCUGGAUGCCGGGCUUCGAAUGGUGCGAUUACGAGUUUGACAAGGACUACUUCCCUGACGCCAAGGGCCAGCUGCAGCGCAUGAAAGACAAGGGUGUCCGUAUUUGCGUUUGGAUCAACCCGUACAUUGCACAGGAGAGCUCUAUCUUUGACGAGGCAGCCGAGAAGGGCUACUUCAUCAAGCGUGGCGACGGUAGUGUGUGGCAGUACGACUUCUGGCAAGCCGGCAUGGGUUUUAUCGACUUCACCAACCCAGACGCUUGCAAAUGGUAUCAAGAAAAGCUGCAAAAGCUCGUGGAUAUCGGCGUCGACUCUUUCAAGACUGAUUUCGGUGAGCGCAUUCCUACCGGUGACACGGUCUACUUUGACGGCUCGGAUCCUGCGAAAAUGCAUAACUAUUACGCAUACUUGUAUAACAAGGUCACAUUCGAGGUAUUAGAAAAGAACUACGGGAAGAACAAUGCGGCGUUGUUUGCACGAUCGGCGACAGCAGGCUGCCAACAAUUCCCAGUACACUGGGGAGGCGAUCCGUAUUCCACCUUUGAAGCUAUGGCUGAGACCCUUCGCGGUGGUCUGUCACUAGCGCUCAGUGGAUUUGGGUACUGGGCGCAUGAUAUUGGUGGAUUUGAAGGAAAGCCCGACCCGGCGCUGUUCAAGCGAUGGAUCGCUUUUGGAUUGUUUUCCUCGCACUCGAGGUUGCAUGGUAGUGCAUCAUUCCGAGUGCCAUGGCUGAUCGAUGAGACGGAAGAAGCAUCCAAGGUGCUCAAGCACUUCGUCUCGAUCAAGCACCAACUCAUGCCCUACCUAUACUCCCAGGCUAUCACCACUCACCAUACCGGCAUCCCUAUGCUUCGCGCCAUGUUCCUCGAAUAUCCUUCGGAUCCGGCGGUAUGGCAUCUCGACCAGCAGUACAUGCUGGGCGACAGCCUUCUCGUUGCGCCUGUUUUCAGUGAGGAUGACACUGUCACUUACUACCUUCCUAAGGGCGAAUGGUACGGCAUCUUGGACCAGAAGCUCCGCAAAGGUCCCGGCUACGUGACAGAGACGUUUGACUUCUUUACUCUGCCCGUGCUGCUCAAGCCGGGUGGUGCUGUAGCGAUGGGCAAAGGGGGUGAGAAGGUAGAGUAUGACUGGGCAGAUGGCUUCAAGGUGUUGGUAAACAUCGAAGAGGGCAUGGAUGCCACGGUGGACAUACCGAAUCACGAGACUUUGGGUGAGAGUGUGUUGUCAUUGAGAAUCAAGGCCAGCGGAUCGGAGGCUUCCGUCGACGUUAUUGAGGGCAAGUCGAACAGCACAUGGGAGCUCGUCGUCGUCAAUAGCAAGGUAAAUAGUGCUAAUGGCGGUGAAGUCUCCAGUGAGGGUGUUGUUUCGGUUGCCCCAGGAGCUUCAAAGGUUGUUAUUACGUUGUUGUAAGCAUAUUGUUGUAGAGAAAUAUGAUUAGCCUGCAUGCCUCUAUUUUUUCAAGUUGAAGCUGAGGAUUUCGCAUGCGAUGAAAAGCGAGCUUGGCACUCGAAAGAGGUAUAGGUACGGCGGGACGAGCCUCUAACUCACUCGGCG